AUGGUUCAUCCCGCUACGGCCCCCAAGAAUGCCCCAACUGGCUUCGAUUUCAUCGUUGUCGGCGGUGGCACUGCUGGUUGCGUUGUUGCCGGUCGCCUAGCUGAGAACCCCAAUGUUUCCAUCCUUGUCAUCGAAGCUGGAACAAACAGCACUGCCGAGAUUCCAGAGAUUAACACCCCCGCUCGUGCUUUUGAGCUACGUGGCAGCCAAUGGGACUGGAAGUAUAAGACGACCAUGAUCGACCGACCCGACUAUACAAGAGUCGAAAAGCCCAACCCACGUGGAAAGGUCUUAGGUGGCUCUAGCGCCGAGAACUAUUACACUUGGGUGCGAGGAAGUGCAGCCACUUUCGACGACUGGGCCGAAUAUGCCACUGACGAUUGGAAUUGGGCCAAUACGAAAGACUACUUUAAUAAGUCAGCCACAUACCACGAUGACGACAACCUGUAUCCCGCUGAGCUUGCUAAGAUCGGCAAUCAGGGAGGACCCCUACACAUCUCACACUCAGAUCUCCUUCCUGAAACCAAGCCAUUCCGUGAUGCACUUGAGGCAGCCUGGGUAAGCAAAGGCCAGGAGUUAAGCACCGAUGUCUUCAAUGGCACCCAGAAGGGACUCUUUAAAUGCGUCGACACCAUUUACAAGGGUACCCGAUCGAACGCGUCUGUAUUUGUGGAGGGCAAAGACAACAUUACCAUCAUGUCAUCGACCCAUUCCAAGAACAUCGUCUUCGAAGGUCCCAAGGCUGUAGGCGUCACCGUCAUUGGUCCUGAUGGCCUGGACUAUACCUUCUAUGCCAGGCAUGAGGUCAUUGUGUCACAGGGUGUCUACGAGUCUGCCAAAUUACUAAUGUUGAGUGGUAUUGGACGAAAGGCUGACCUGGAGAGCUUUGGAAUUAAGGUCCUUGUCGAUUCGGAGCAUGUGGGUCAGAAUCUACUCGACCAUCCCAUCCUGUCCCAUGUGUUCAAAAUCAAAGAUGGUUUCGGUCUCGACAGUCACUUGCUACGUGCAGGGCCCCAGAAAGAUGGCGCUGUCGCAGCUUACCGCAGGAACAAGGGCGGUGUCUACAGCAGUGGCCUUCUCGAACUAGUAGCGUUCCCCCGUGCGGACGAAUGGCUCAACAAGUCCAAGGAAUACCGUGAGUAUAAGGCCAAAAACGGGGGGGUGGACCCAUUUGGUCCUGCUGGCCAGCCGCAUUUUGAGGUGGAUUUUGUGCCUCUGUUCUGUGACGCUUUCCAAUGGCACUUUCCAACUCCACCGCAAGGUGACUACCUGACUGUUAUCGUCGACCUCAUGCGCCCUCUUAGCCAAAAUGGUGAAGUCAAGCUUAAAUCAACCGACCCCCUUGACCAACCGUAUAUCAACCUCAACUUCUUCUCCGAGGACCUCGACCUGAUUGCGAUGCGCGAGGGUGUGCGCAUGAUCGACGACAUUCUCAUGAAUGGUGAAGGUAUGAAAGAUAUUAUUGAGAGCGACUAUCCCUGGCCGAUGCCCCGCAACUCGGAUGAGGCGAUGAUCAAGGAGAUCCUCGAGCGUUCGCAGACAGGAUUCCACCCCUGCGGCUCCUGCCGCUUUGGGAAGGAUAUUAAGCAGGGUGUCGUCAACCCCAAGCUGCAGGUUUACGGAGUUGAGAACCUCAGAGUGAUAGAUGCCUCCGUGUUCCCUGUCAUCCCUGACUGCCGCAUUCAGAACGAUGUGUACAUGGUAGCAGAGAAGGGGGCGGACAUCAUCAAAGCCGCGUACCCGGCUCUCUAUGCUUGA